AUGGUAAGCUGUGCACAUUAUAACCAGAGGGAGUGCAUUUCCAUCCAUAUUGGACAAGCUGGUGUUCAAACAGGCAACGCAAGUUGGGAACUGUUCUGUUUAGAACACAACAUCCGGCCCGAUGGAACAGUUAGCGGCGACAGACUGUUCGAUGGAGAACUUCGCGAUGAUGUCUCCAACGUUUUCUUUAAAGAAACGGGAGCUGGGAAGCAAGUUCCUCGGGCCAUAAUGGUGGAUUUAGAACCGACAGUUAUAGACGAAGUGCGAGUUGGACUGUGGAAACAGCUGUUUCACCCGGAGCAGCUCAUCUCGGGCAAGGAGGACGCGGCCAACAACUAUGGCCGUGGCCACUACACGGUGGGGAGGGACAUGAUGGACGUGGUGUCCGAUCGCUUGCGCACCCUGGCGGAGAGUUGCAGCACCCUCCAGGGCUUCCUCGUCUACAACUCGCUCGGCGGCGGCACGGGCUCCGGAUUCACAGCGCUGCUCCUCAACCACCUGGCGUCCGAAUACUCCAAGAAGAGUCGCCUGCAAUUCGUUGUGUACCCUGCGCCCCAGGUAUCGAGCGCUGUGGUGGAACCAUAUAAUUCCAUUUUGUCAGUACACGCCACGUUAGAAACUGCAGAUUGCACAUUUAUGGUGGACAACGAAGCAAUAUAUGACCUAUGUGUUCAUCAACUUGGAAUUGGGCGCCCAUCAUACAGCAAUCUUAAUCGGAUUAUCGGACAAGUCGUAUCAUCAAUAACGGCGUCUCUUCGCUUUGAUGGAGCGCUCAACGUGGAUUUAUCAGAUUUCCAAACCAAUUUGGUCCCAUACCCACGUAUCCACUUUCCACUGACGACUUACGCACCCAUAAUCUCCAGCGAAAAGGCUAAUCACGAGCAAAUGUCGGUAGCGGACAUCACGUCCGCCUGCUUCGAGCCGAUUAAUCAGUUCGUCAAGUGCGAUCACAGGAGCGGCAAGUUCAUGGCCUGCUGCUUGCUGUAUCGCGGAGACGUCGUGCCAAAAGAUGUUAACGCCGCGAUAGCCACCAUCAAAAAGAAGAAAUGCAUUCAAUUUGUCGACUGGUGUCCCACAGGGUUUAAGGUUGGCAUUAAUUCUCAAAAGCCUUCCGUAGUAGCUGGCGCGGACAUGGCCCCAGUCGAAAGAGCAGUCUGUAUGUUAUCGAAUACAACGGCCAUUAACAGCGCCUGGGCUCGUGUCAACAAGAAGUUCGAUCUCAUGUAUCAGAAGAGAGCAUUCGUUCACUGGUAUAUCGGAGAAGGCAUGGACGAAGCGGAGUUUGAAGAGGCGCGACACGAUCUAGCUGCGUUGGAGAACGAUUACAGGGAGGCUGAGAAAGAAAGUAGUUCGCCCGACAAGUCAGACGGGGAGAACAACGACGAAUAUUAACCACGUCUCUCUAUCACCGAAGAUUACAGACGAUAUAUUC